AUGCCGCCAGUCGCUCCAAACCCGUCCGGCGAUCGUCGCAGCAACGACGCUGCACCGGAGAAAGCGGGCGCUCAAGGAGGCAGCGCGCCUGCAUCCCGUAAAUCUCCCGGCCUACGCCUGCCCAUGAUGACGAAGGUCAACCGCGAUGCGGACGAUGAUUCCAGCGACGACUCCGCCGACGAGUUCGCCCGUUGGCAGGCCACCUCCGGGCCGACGACGCCCAACAUCUCCGAGACCGCUGCACAGCUGCGACGCAACCUCAGUGUCACCGGGCUCCAGGAUCUCGCGCAUAUGCCGCGAAGCCAGAUCCGCAAGUCGGUCGGGAACAAGGUUUGGCGGCCGCAAGACGAAGAAGCGCGCAUCCCCAGCGACUGGGAGAGGCUGGCGGUCCACGUCGUUCGCGGCGGUCUGCGCGCAGGCAACCUUGCGUUUGCCUUGCGUGCCACGCUCAUGCUGGUCUUGGAGCUGAUCAAGUCGCUCCGCACCAAGAAAUUCAAUCGCAAUGCCUUCGGCAUCGCGUUGUUGGGUCCUCGCAAUUUCCGCUUCGCGGCACUGUUCGCCAUCUGGGCCUCGCUUUACAAGGCGGUCCACAACGGCCUCCGCUUGAUGACGCCGAUGCCCGUCAAGAAAGCGCGCUCUCGCGCCGCGUCGGCGUCUGGUGCGGCGACACUUUCAAUCGAAAAGGCUGGCGACAAUGCCACGCUGGACGACGCGGGCGCGGGCAGCGGCACCGCGACGCCGCGCUCCGGCAGGUCCGCUUUGGAGGGCAAGUCGCCCGAGGAAAAGGCCAAGGAGAAAGCAAAGCAGAAGCGCCACGCUUUCAUGCGCGACCCUCGUUCCAAGGUGUGGCACGCGUACGUGGCGGGCGCCGUCUCGGCCUUGGCCGUGCUCGUCGAAACUCCGGACAACCGCAUUGCCCUGGCGCAGCAGCUCUUUGUGCGCGGCUUGGAGGGAUCGUACAACGUCUCGCACGAACGCGGCCUGAUCAACAUCCCUUACGGUGCCGUGAUCACCUUCGGUAUUGCGUGCGGACAGAUCAUGUGGGCCUGGCUCGAGGCGCCCGAAUCGCUGCCCAAGUCGUACAAGAACUGGAUCACGAGAGCUUCGCAGGUCAGCCCGAGAGUCCCGGAGAUCUACCGAUCCAUCAAGUUCGACCGCAAGGCCGAUGCCGACUUUGCACUCAAGUGGUUCCCGGAUGGCAAGGUGCCAGAGCCCCUGUCGCUCAGCCCUCUGCGCUACCCGGACGUGGCGCCCAACGCCAUGAAUCGCCGCGGCAUCAAGGGCAAGAAUGUGCGCAAGAUCGUCGAGUGGAUGGAUCGAACGCGAAAGGGAGACUGCGGCGGCGUGGUCGACUGUGCCCUCGUACACCCCUGGGAGACGAGCCACUGGCGCGGUCCCAUCGACCGAUUCAUCGAGGUCACCCGCUGGAUCUUACCCGUCUACCUCACGCUUCACUUUGUGCCGGCCAUCUUCCUUCGACCGGGCAAGUUCCUCAAGAACCCGGUCGAUGCGACGAUCCGUUCGCUCCGGGGCUCCUUGCGCUCCUCGUCGUUCUUGGGUGUCUUCGUGAUCAUCUUCCAGACGCUGUUCUGCGCGCAGCACUCGCUGUACAACUACAUCCAGGCGAGCGAGAGGCUGCGACGCAUCGUGCCGCAGUGGUUUUCUCGCAUGCUGAUCAGCUCGUGGAUCAAGUGGGUCACCGGCUUCAUGACCUGUCUCUCGCUCUUUGUCGACGACUCGCGACGCCGCGCCGAGCUUGCGGCCUACGUGCUGCCCAAGGGUAUGGAGAGCGCGUGGUCGGUGCUGAGGAAGAAGUCGUACGUGCCGUUCGUGCCCGGUGGCGAGGUCUUGCUCACCUCGGCAGGCAUGUCGCUCGUCAUGGGAACGUACGCGCAGAACCCAGAGCAUCUCUCGGGCCUCGUUCGCCGAAUCGUGUAUCAGUUCGUCGGUCGCAACUAA